AUGAUGAAAAAAAAAGAAGUCUACACCAACAUCACCCCCCUUCCAUCCUUCAUCCCCCGCCAACUAGCCAUCGACAUCCUCCACAGCCACAGCGAAAUCAUCACCCUCAACCCUCUCGUGCUCGACCACAAGCCCAUUUCCGCGCCUCGUGACGCGCCCGCCGAAGAAUUUUAUUCGACAUGGUACGAAAUCUCAGAACGAAUCCAAGUCGUCCCCGGAGCAGGUCGAUUGGGAGGCAGCAAAAUCCAUUUUCGGGGUUGUUUCCAUGAUGUGCCCUGGGGUGUGCAGACCCAUAUUUAUGCGCCUAUGGGGAUUGAUCUAAGGCAUAAUUAUCGCGUUGCGGGGUCGCAGCCGGGGGAGCCACCUGAGUUUCGCGAGUUGGGGAUUAAUGCGCCUGCUACAGGACUAUAUUUACGAGAGGAUAUUGAGAUAAAAUGUAAUUUCGCGAUGGUCUCGUUUGUGCGCAACCAACUCAAGGCCGCGUCAAAGGUGCUGGUGGAUCGUCUGAUCAAGAAGGCCGAGCUGUUGGAUGCGGGUGUUUUGCAGGCGAUGAUGGAGAAUGGAAAGUUGAAGACUAUCAAUCCGGCGGAUCGGUCGAAUGAGCAGCAGCAGCAGCAAAUGAGUGUGCCGAUGUCGCCUACAGUGCCAAUGUCGCCAUUGCCGUCGCCAUUGCGGUAUCAGUCUGUUACGUCGAGGCCGAGUACGAGUGCUUCGAGUCAGCAUCCGGAGGAUUGGCAGCAGCUGCAAGGAAACCGCUACGCAAACUCUGGUCUCCCUAGUCCGGGUUAUCCCCCUCCGUCUUCACCUGGUAAAACAUUCGCCAACGAACUACCCGGCGACACAAGCUAUUAUCAGCAGACUCUCAGUCCGAAUAGUGCUUACCACAGCCCCAACCUGCGCGAUUCGGUGCAUUCUACUUCCUCGCAUGGUUGGUCCUCUGUGUCCUCAAAUACCUCCGCAUCUCGACCGGUAUCGACGGUCAGCGGGUAUGCGCCUUACGUGCCAGCAGACAGUAAUCAUGGGAAACAGCAGUUUGCGGCGGAGUUACCGACGAUGCGGGAGAUGCAAGAGGAUGGCCAUCAGGCGCAGUAG